AUGAUUUCGACACUUACAUCCCCUACGCAUCCAGCCAAUGGUGUCCCGCCAAACCCGGGUAGCCGGCUAGUGCAGCCCGAUGAGCUACGCGCUGCGUUCGCCAUGGCCAUGUCGCAAAUGUACAAAAACGAGGUUCCUCUAUACGGCGACCUGAUGCGAAUCGUACAAGGGGUCAACAAGACAGUGCUCGAGCGUUCAUCUGAUGAACCCCCUAGCUCCGAUGCACUGGACCAGCUUACCAUGGAACGCCACGGUGCGAUUCGCCUGGGCAAGGCUUCAGAGCUUCGGACCGUUCGUCGCAUCUUUGCCCUGCUCGGGAUGCACGCGGUCGGCUACUACGACCUCUCGGCAGCCGGUCUGCCCAUGCACGCCACGUGCUUCAGGCCGCCGGAUUCGGGCUCCCUCAGACGCAACCCGUUCCGCGUCUUCACCACGCUGCUGCGCACCGACCUGAUCCGCUCCGAGGCGGCGCGUCAGCUCGCUCUGGAACUGCUGUCGAGGCGCAACCUGUUCAGCGACGAGCUGAUGCAGAUGCUGGACCGGGCCGAGAGCCAGGACGGAAUCUCGAUCGACGAGGCCGAUGUUUUCAUCCGCGAGGCGAUGCAAAUCUUCCGGUGGGCGCCCGUAGCGGCGUCGACGCUUGCCGAGUACCGAACGCUCCGGGAGCAACACCCGAUUCUAGCCGACAUUGCCUGCUUCAAGACGGCCCACAUCAACCACCUUACCCCGCGCACGCUAGACAUUGGCAUGACUCAAUUGGCCAUGCUGGACGAGGGUAUGGCCGUCAAGGACCGCAUCGAGGGCCCGCCUCCUCGCAAAUGCCAGAUCCUCCUGCGCCAGACGAGCUUCCUGGCCCUCGAGGAAGCCAUUCGCUUCAAGACCGACGAAGCGUCCGAGGAAGACGCCGCCGCCAAUCUGGUCAGCGCUUCCCACAAGGCGCGGUUCGGCGAAAUCGAGGAGCGUGGUGCAGCUGUGACGCCCAAAGGCCGCCGGCUGUACGAUGAGCUGCUCGAGGAGGCCUUUGCUGAGAGUGCGGGCAAGAGCAUCCCCGAGAUUGAUGCCGCCAUGGCCAAGGUGUUUCUCAGAUAUCCCGACGACUGGAAUGAGCUCUGCACGCGGGGUCUCGUGUACUACGAGUAUCGUCUGGGGUCGAAGAGGCCCGGCGCAGAUGACGUUUUGCCGCUGGGUCAGGCGCCGGAGACCGAAGUAGAGCGGCUGGUGGAUCAAGGCUUCCUUGAAAGGGUGCCAAUCACGUACGAAGACUUCUUGCCCUUCUCAGCAGCCGGCAUCUUCCAGUCCAACUUGCCGCAGGACGGCAAGAAUGAUCCUGCAGAGAAGGAAGUCAUCAGGGCAUCGCCGGAUCAUGUCGGCAUGGAAAAGUCGCUGGGUUCCGCCAUCAUCAACCCAGACAGUCUGUACGAGGAGGUUCAAAGGAAAAGUCUGGCGUCUAGCUGGACGGCACUGCAGUCGAUAGCUUAUGUGUCUGGCCCAAAGUAG